CACUUUGCUUAAAACGUGGGUUGGGCUGGGUAACGUAAUGGCUUAAUUGGGCUGGGUAACCUAAGUCCAGCCCACUGUUUCCCCCGACAAUCUUGAUCAGCCAGUAGUGGCAAUUUCCAUGCUAAACACGGACUCCUCCAAACUGGUCAAACCCGGGUCUUCGAUCUGAGCUGCCUGCCCGGCGAAGAUGGAGUACGAGAACAAGCUCGUCCUCGCUCCCAUGGUUCGCGUUGGAACGCUACCGUUCAGAUUACUAGCCGCUCAGUAUGGUGCUGAUAUCACAUACGGGGAAGAGAUUAUUGACCAUAAAUUAGUCAAAUGCGAGCGAAGAGUGAAUGAAUGUGUUGGGUGUAUUGAUUUUGUCGAGAAGGGGACAGAGAAUGUUGUUUUCCGUACAUGCAACCAAGAAAGAAACCGGGUGGUAUUUCAGAUUGGCACUUCCGAUGCUGUGAGAGCUCUCACUGCUGCUCAAAUAGUCUGUAAAGAUGUAGCAGCAGUGGAUAUCAAUAUGGGUUGCCCUAAGUCAUUUUCCAUUAGUGGGGGCAUGGGUGCUGCACUAUUGACUAAACCAGAGCUAAUUCAUGAUAUUCUGACGACAUUAAGGAGGAACUUGGAGAUACCAGUUACAUGUAAGAUUAGACUUUUAAGAUCACCUCAGGAUACCGUCGAACUAGCGAGGCGAAUUGAGAAAACUGGUGUUUCUGCUCUUGCUGUCCAUGGCAGAAGAGUUGCUGAUAGGCCCAGGGAUCCAGCCAAGUGGGAUGAAAUUGCUGAUGUUGUAGCAGCCUUAUCCAUUCCAGUUAUAGCAAAUGGCGAUGUCUUCAAGUAUGAUGAUUUUCAAUGCAUAAAAGAUGCUACAGGUGCUUCAUCGGUGAUGGUUGCCAGAGGAGCUCUUUGGAAUGCUUCAAUUUUCUCUCCCCUAGGCAAAGUACCAUGGGAAGAUGUGAAAAGAGAAUAUAUUAGGAAGAGCAUCUUUUGGGAUAAUGACAUUAAAAGCACAAAGCACACGUUGAAGGAAAUGAUCAUGCAUUAUUCUUCCCUUGAACUCCCAGAGGGAAAAGCUGUGAUCAAAUCAGAAUCCUUGGCAGAUUUAGCGAAACUCUAUGGGGUGGCGAGCUACUAUCAGUUUGUCAAUGAAAAUAGAUUCUUGGUCAAUGGGAUUAGAUGAACUUUUGUGGUUUUUUUACAGAGUUUUUUCUGUCAACAAAAUGAAGACAAGCACAUAAUCAUGCACUAUUCUUUAGAAAGUACCUCUCCUGUGUUCAGGACUGAAGCAGGAAAACAAUGCCAGCUUCAAUUAACCAAAGCUGAUGGGGAUUCGUCUAUUACCUGGGUCCCCGCAGCCAAACAUGGGUGGGUUGUAGCCUGUUGGGGCAUCUACUUCUGCAUUCUUCAAAAAUUGCUGGGCAUCUACAACGAAGAUUUUGCUUAAAUUUUGAUCCUUAAUAUUCACAAUCACUCGAUGGACGAGUAGUUAUUCACUAAUAUCUGAAUAUGAGCACGUGGUACAUUUAUUCUAUGAUAGGAUGUCAUGUAUUUUGAUGUCGUGCCACUGCCAUUGUAUGAUAAGAUGAGAGUAACACAUCAUUCAUAAUUCCAAACUAUCUAAUCAUUGGCUUGAUGUGAUAUAUUAUUUUAACUUUACAAUAAAGGAGUUUUAUGCAUAUCAAGCAUGCCA